AUUCCCUCUAUUGUACAGGCAGACAAUGAGGGCCAUGGGUGGAGGGCUUAAAAAGGACAGACGCACACAGACAGCCAACAACCCUGGACAGAGACAGCAACCAACAGCUCAAAUAGUUGCAGUGCAUUUAGGAGGACUGUGCUAUCCCAGGGUUCUCCUUGAUGCUGUACACUUUAGCAGGAGGGGGUACACUCUGUGGUGUGGCCGCCCUCGUGCUCCUCAUCGUCUCCACGGCGACCGACUUCUGGAUGCAGUACCGCUACUCGGGAGCGUCGGCCAAUCAGGGCCUCUGGAGGUUUUGCAUCAAUCACAAGUGCCACGCCCACACCAUCACUGUGGCCUUCUGGGAUGCGACAAGGGCCUUCAUGCUACUGUCCGUGCUGAGCUGCUUUGCUGGCGUAUUGCUGGGCCUGAGUGCCUUCGUCAACGGCACCAAGAGCAGGAGGGUCCGGACGGGGGGCUUCGCUCUGCUCCUGUCAGGUUUCCUAGCUCUGUUAGCUCUGGCCAUCUACACUGGCGUGACGGUCAACUUCUUUGGCAAGCGCUUCCUUGAUUGGCGCUUCUCCUGGUCCUACAUCGUAGCUUGGGUGGCCAUCAUCUUAUCUUUCGCUGCUGGUGUGUUCCAACUCUGUGCCUUUCAGAAGAACAUUGCAGAACCGCCCCCUACCAACGUUCAAGAAAGCUAAAUGGAACUCAUCUUUUACCUGCAUACUAAAAGAAAAAUCUACCAACCACUAGUCUUUACUAUUGUCACUGAUAGCAAUGUGACAACAGCUAUGGAAACAACCUGUGUCUGGUCAAAUCUGCUGAACAGAAUAAAAUUGAAUAUUUGA